GAAGAAAGUUACAGUCAAAGUGGUCCACUUAGGUAAUUCUGUCCAUUUCACAGGGCUAAGACUGUAAACACGGCCAUUUCUGAAGAAAAAGCAACGCUUUCUUUUGUUUUUGGCGUGUAAAACCUUGAAAAUCCUGCCGUUGCAGACCAGGGCUAUGGCGUUUUGAGGAAUCGAUCCUCCAGAGCCCCCCGAAGAACAAAAAAAAAAAAAAAAAAAACCCACCCACUGCCCCCGAUUCUCCGUUCAUUUUCCGAGUUAUCCUUUGGCUCUCUCUCUCUCUCUCGUUCUGUCUGUCUGUCUGGGGUGAGCCUCUCUCUCUCUCUAUAUCUCUGGUUGGUUGUCUCAGCCAUGAUUAGAGGGAAAGAUCUUCCUAAUGGUCUUGACUCUGAUGGGGAGAACUCUCGGAGCAAGCUGUCAAAGCCCAAUUUUGACCGUGGCAAGGAGAACCCUGAAGAGAAAUUAGGUUAUCCGGGAAAGGGUGCGUAUUUUCUGAAGGAUUCAGAGGCGGGUAGUGAUGGAAUUCUAUUGAAACCCUCUAAAGUCGGGACUUCGGCCUUGCAAGAGCUGACCCUCAGCUACCUUUGUGAUAAGGAGAUUCCUGGUAAAAGCUUGCUGAGUUCCUUAGAAAAAGUCAGUUGCAAAGGCAAAGAAGUUAUCAUCUCGGAGGAUUCAAAUCGGGAUGAGAAAUGGGUCGAACGGGAUUUUCUGAAUUUGAGCGAAACCAGGGAGAAUUCUUCAAAGCGAUCGGUUGAAGAAGAGGUUGUGAGGGAAAAUAAGGACAAGAAGCAGAAGCUGGAGACGCUUAAUCUCUCUCUUGCCUUGCCUGAUGUCUCCCUUUCUCUUACGGCGUCAAACGCCCUGCAAAACGGUGAUCAGCCGGUGAGGCCAAGGCCUAGCAAACCGUCAGCGACUACGUAUUCAAAUGAUCAUACAGCGGCUUCUCUAUCUUACUCGUAUUCCCAUCCCUUCUCGCACAACCCAAGUUGCUCGCUUACCCGUAAUUCUACAGAUUUUGAUUAUUCCGUUAGCAAAGAUGAUCAUAUUUGGAACUGCGGAGAGGGGACGAAUGGGUCAGUGCAUAGUCGGUUCAAGCCCAUAGGAGAUGGGGUUGCCUUGUCUAAUCAUGGUGGUGGUGGGUAUAAUUCGACCAUGCAGGGUAAUAAUAGUCAGUAUAAAACUACAAGUUCAGAUAACCAUUCUUUUUUUCCGUCGGAAUUACCUGCCAGGCCAAGAUUUGAAGCUCAGUCAGGGGACUCGAGAGGAAGGAAUUCUGAGAAUCUGAGAGUAUUGGAAGGUUUAGAUGGUGGGAAAGUAAGGAAGCUUUCUAGACCAGAGAAAAUUCUCAGAGAGAUCGUGUCGGAGUCUGUCCCAACCAUGGCUGCUCAGUUUCAAGAGCUUACUGAUGAAGUGAUUGCAUCGACGAAGGAAUACUUAAAGAAUCUCAUUGAGAUGCCCGAGAAGAAAGAGGAAAUGGUCAACCUUCAAAAUCGGCUUGAGCGAAGAUCUGACUUUACUAAGGAGACUCUUUCGAAGUGCCACAAAGGGCAACUUGAGAUUUUAGUUGCUGUCAAGAUGGGGCUUGCAAGCUUCUUAUCUGGCAAAGUCCCCUUCUGUGAGAUGGUAGAGAUUUUCUUGCAUAUGAGAUGUAGAAAUGUGAACUGUAAGCGCGUGCUGCCGGUUGAUGACUGUGACUGCGAGAUUUGUUCUGGAAAUAAAGGAUUUUGCAGUUCUUGCAUGUGUCCUGUCUGUCUGAACUUUGAUUGUGCAAACAACACAUGCAGUUGGGUUGGUUGUGAUGUUUGUUUCCACUGGUGCCAUGCUGCCUGCGGCAUUAAGAGGAAUCUUAUCAAACCUGGGCCUAGCUUAAAAGGGCCAUCAGGGACCACUGAGAUGCAGUUUCAUUGCAGUGGAUGUGGACAUCCUUCAGAAAUGUUUGGCUUUGUUAGAGAUGUGUUCGUAUUUUGUGCAAAGGAUUGGGGUCUAGAAACCCUGGUGAAAGAACUUGACUGUGUAAGGAGGAUCUUCAAAGGAAGUGAAGAUCGCAAAGGGAAGGAAUUGCAUGUCAAAACUGAUGACAUGCUCUUUAAGCUUCAAACUAAAACGGUGUCUCCUUUGGAUGCCUGCAAUUACAUCCUACAAUUUUUCAAUUAUGCAGAUGGCAUGUCAGACUUUCCUGCUUCCGGUAUAUCUUCAAAGGAUUUGUCAGCAUCUCAAGCUAAUCUUAGAAAGGAAGCAACAUCUCUUUCACAAUCUAAUUCUCUAAUGUCAAAAUAUACUUAUAACUCGAGCUAUUCAAGGUCACAAUGUGAUGCUCUGUCAAAUGAUCUUCAUCAGAAAGAUAUCAAAGCUUCCAUCUUAAAUGAAUUGAAAAGUGAGAGUGAGUUCCAGCUGGGGGCCCUGUUAAGAAAAGGUGGGCUUGAUAGCUUGGAGAGCAUUGUGAGGAUUAAGGAAGCGGAGGCCAGAAUGUUCCAAACCAAGGCAGAUGAAGCCCGGAGAGAAGCUGAAGGGUUCCAGAGGAUGGUGAGGACGAAAAUUGCGCAGAUGGAAGAAGAGUAUGCUGAAAGGCUUGCCAAGCUCUCUCUCCAAGAGACUGAGGAAACGCGGAGGAAGAAAUUGGAGGAAUUGAAGGUCUUAGAAAAUUCCCAUUGUGAUUACUUUAAAAUGAAAAUGAGAAUGCAAGCUGAGAUUGCCGGUUUGCUGGAGAGAAUGGAGGCAACGAAGCAGCAAUGGGUUUAACUUAGUACAAGAAUAAUUUAUUUUUAAGAAUAUGCUAAAAUGGGUGUAAUUUAUUGAUAUGGUGCCAUAUGAAUGUUCUGUUUCUCGCUAGAAUAAGUUAUUUUUGGUCGAUAAAUUUGAAUAUUGGUAGUGCUUAAUCCAUCAGUUUACUUCACAUGUUGAGAGCCCAA